AAGAAGAAGAAGAAGAAGAAGAAGAAGCGGGGAGAUUUGAAAACAAAAAUGGCGGAAGUUCGGCGAGUUCUGGAGCGCUGUGACCCGGUCCUGCUGCAGCCCUGCGGGGAGCCCGAACCGGACUGCGCCGAGGCAGCAGGAACGGUUCUGUUCCUCACGGAGAGUCGACGAGUCCAGAAGGUUCUGUGGCGUCAGCUGUUUGUUCUGGACUCCAUGAUGUUCUUACUGAAAGGCCUUGAAUCUGCCCAGCAACUGAUGACACUGCCCUGUCCCCAGCCACCUGAGGGCGGGGCUCGCAGCAGGUGGAAGGCUCUGAAGGCGGAGACCAGGUCAGGGAUGGAGAAGGCGGAGUCGCUGCUCAGAUCCCUGCAGGAUAGAGUCCAACAAGUCCAGCACAGGAGAGAGCGAGUCACAGCGCUGCUGCAGCUGCUGCACAUCAAGCGGCAGCAUCAGGAUCAGCUCAUUGUGUCGCUGCUGAAGGCCCAGCAUGCUUUGCAGUCAUGUGACCGCCAGCUGGAGAGGCUGAGGGCGCAGUCAGAGGCGGCGCUCCGUCAGCUAAUGUCGUGGCGAGGGCUCAGAGACCUGCUGCAGGUAUACGCCACCGCCACACAGGAAGUGAUGCAGAUCCAGCUCAUCUCUGUUGACCAAUCAGAGCUGCUGUUGGAGAUCAGGCCCCACCUCUCUUCCCAGCUGUCAGCCAAUGAGCUGCAGCCACCAAGGCUGGCGGUCCACUGGUGCCAUGACAACAGAUUCACCCUGCAGGUGGGGGAGGAGUUAGCCGGGCAGGUGGAGGGUUGUGGGUCGGGACGUCGCAACGUGCUGAGCGCCACCCUGCUGGACGUCCUGCAGAGCUACACGGGCCUGGCGUCACUGCUGGCUGAGAUCCACAGCCUCAGGGCCAGCUUCGCCAUCGACUGGUGCCCGGCGCAGCGCCUGCUGGUUUACCUGAAGUCGGCGGCGCUGGUUUGCCACCUGCAGGUGGAGGACGGCUACCCAGCAGCCGGGUCGGCCCAGCUCAGCUCGGUGCUGCGGGACGGACGGCCAGUGGACACGCAGAGACUGAAGCCUCGUAAAGCUGAACCCUCUCUGACCGACUGGCUAGUUUUCCUCUGCAACAGUCCGCUGGUCUAAAGGAGGGACAAGCUGUCCCCCAGUCUGUCCUCCAGUCUGUCCCCCACUUUGUCCCCCAGUCUGUCUCUCAGGUUUUUCUCCCUUUUCUUUUUGUGGUACUUUGAUAUAAUAAAAUAAAUUCUAUUGCCAUAGUAAAUGGUUAAUUUUU